CAUGCGCGGGGGCGCUCCCGCCCUUUCGGCUUGAGCGGCAGCAGCGUCUCCCUCCCGGCAGCUCCGGCGCGGCGCGAACAUGGCGGACCAGGCCAUCUCCUUCCUCAAGGACUUUCUGGCGGGCGGCGUCGCCGCCGCCAUCAGCAAGACCGCGGUGGCGCCCAUCGAGCGGGUCAAGCUCUUGCUCCAGGUGCAACAUGCGAGUAAACAGAUUGCUGCUGAUAAGCAGUACAAGGGUAUCAUCGAUUGUGUAGUGCGUAUUCCAAGGGAACAAGGAGUGCUGUCUUUCUGGCGAGGAAACUUGGCAAAUGUCAUCAGAUACUUCCCAACUCAAGCUCUUAAUUUUGCCUUCAAGGAUAAGUAUAAGCAGGUGUUUUUGGGAGGUGUAGACAAGCACACUCAGUUCUGGAGGUAUUUUGCUGGUAACCUGGCAUCUGGUGGUGCAGCUGGAGCCACUUCCCUCUGCUUUGUCUACCCCUUGGAUUUUGCAAGAACCCGUUUGGCUGCUGAUGUUGGAAAAGCUGGAGCAGACAGAGAAUUCUCUGGGCUCGGGGACUGUCUAGUCAAAAUCACCAAGUCUGAUGGUGUGCGUGGCUUGUACCAAGGGUUCAAUGUCUCUGUCCAAGGCAUCAUCAUCUAUAGAGCUGCCUACUUUGGGAUCUAUGAUACAGCAAAAGGCAUGCUCCCAGAUCCCAGAAAUACCCACAUUGUUAUCAGCUGGAUGAUCGCCCAGACAGUGACUGCGGUGGCCGGCGUGGUCUCCUAUCCCUUUGAUACAGUGCGCCGUAGAAUGAUGAUGCAGUCGGGACGCAAAGGAGCUGAUAUCAUGUACUCUGGAACAAUUGACUGCUGGCGGAAGAUUGCCAGGGAUGAAGGAGGAAAGGCCUUCUUCAAGGGUGCAUGGUCUAACGUUCUCAGAGGCAUGGGGGGUGCUUUCGUGCUUGUGCUGUACGAUGAAUUCAAGAAAGUAAUUUAAACAGCCUAAAUAGAAUUGGAAAUCAAGUUGAGCAGAUCAUGUAGAAUAACUACCAUUAUGGACCAUUGACCUUCAAGAAAUUCCUGUAAGUCUUAUUUAUCGGAGCCAGAUGAUACUUCUAGAUGAGGCUAGAAACUGACAUAGAUGACUGAUCCACUUCUCGGUAACAUGCAUGAAGACACUGAAUCUGGCAAUUCAGUGUGGCAAUUUUUCUUUACAGCAGUAAGGAAUAAAUGGUGUUGAUUCUGGGUCCAAAGUUGUUCUAUCCAAUUUAGAAAAAAACUUUAGCCUGUGGAUCAGUCUUCAGUUUCAAGUCUUAUCCUCUAGGACCAUAAAAUUGUAUUUGAAAGCAUUUGCUAACAAAUCAUGUUCUUUUCCACUUGUACUGAAGCACUAUGUACCAUUUUGCACAGCUGAACGUCUAGCAACUUUGUUCUUAAAUUGGGGCAUUCUGCUGUAAAACAAUAAACAUACUUACUCGG